UUGUAGUCGCGAAUUAUUUUUUUCGAUUCUUACAAAAUGUAUCGAUAUCUCAAAAGUAUCGAGCUCGAGCAUCGAUACCAAUUUGUCGUGCAUCGUGAAAAAAGAAUCGAUUAUGGAUCGGUAUCGGCAGAAUCGUAACGUCACUAAUAACACCGUCUGUAGUAUAGAUCUGAAAUAAAGAUCUUAGUUGAGUGACAAACAACAAAAAAGAAUAUUACCAAACAAUAAUACAAAUUUUUAUACAGAAAUGGCUGAUACACAUGUGACAAACGCACUGGAAACCGCUUUUCCCUUGACAAAUGUAACUGAAGUUGUGCCUAUUUCCAAACGACAGCGAAAAAAGUUGAUUAAACUGGAGCAAUGGGAAAUUAAGAAAAAAGAAAAACGAUUAAAAGAAAAAGAAAAAAUGCGUCAACGAAAACUGAAAGCCGUUCAAAACGGGCUACCGGUCCGAAAUGGACCUAGCAGAAAAGAGCUCAAAAGAAACAAAGUUGACUAUAGUAAAUCUGGUAUUACAGUGGCUGUGGAUCUUAGCUUCGGUGGAAUGAUGAUGGAUAAAGAUGUAGCAAAAUGUGUGAAGCAAUUGUUGAGAAUUUAUACCAUGAACCGGCGAUCAGAAAUGCCGAUUCCAUUGCACUUCACUGGAAUACAACCCGAAGGCGUAAUUGAAAAACAUCUGAAGCGCAAUGAUGGCUAUCAGCACUGGGAUGUAAAAUUCAGCAGUGAAUCUUUUCUAAGCUUGUUCGACAAGCAAAAACUUAUUUAUUUGACUAGUGAGUCCGAUAAUGUUUUAACAGAACUCGAAAAAGAUCACGUUUAUGUCAUCGGCGGAUUAGUUGAUCACAACCAGCACAAGGGACAUUGCCAUACUCUGGCUAAUAAAAUGGGCAUUCGACAUGCUCGAUUACCACUAAGUGAACACAUUGUUAUUAAAACUAGGACAAUUCUUACAAUAAAUCAAGUUUUCGAGAUUCUAAUGAAAAUUCAAUUGGGGAAGAAAUGGCAGGAAACACUGCUUGAAGUGUUACCGAAGCGGAAAGGUGCUAAGCCAUUGGCCUCGGAAUCAGAUCAGAUAGAAAAAAAUGAGCCAGAAGAGACGUUAGUUGUUGAACAACAUGAAACAAGCUGAAUUCUAUUCACUUGCGAAUAUUUAUUCAGUGAAUAUAAAAAGAUAUUUGUGUUGAAAAAAAAACAUGUUAUUGAAUACUCAUAUCCCUUUUCUUAAUUCUCAUUUUCUCAAUCAUAUGAAUACAGUUAACACAUGCCCUUUUCAAAUCUGUAGGUAGAUUCAACGGUAUUACAAUAUUAAAUCGAGAUUAAACAUUUUAUAUCACAUUCGGUUAGAAACCGGAAUGUACACUACCGUCAGCCGAGGUGAUAUUGUGCCAGUGGGGAUGAAAUUGUGCCGUUCAAACCCGUGACUUGCCAGCCAUCUCUUCCGGGUCAGAAGACUGGUCUUUCUUGGUUAAGUAUUCGAGGAAACUUAUUCGAGAAAGUUCGAUCUUGUGAUCGCCAAGAGAUGACAGACAAACAAAGGGGUUGUAUGGCACAAUCUCAAUCCGGCUUACGGUACUGUUCACGUUUUUAACCAAGUCUCUUAUCAGGCUGGGUUAGAAAUGAUUUCACUGGAUCAGAAAUGAUUCGCGUUCGAUAACAUAACUUUCCAAAGCGUGUAGUGGUAGAAGGCCUGGCUGUGGUAGCAGCUGCUCUGUAUAAAAUGGCCAUAGUUAUCUCAAUCACGUGUGAAAAAUCCGCACUUCAGUUUUGAUAUUGUAAUAACCAUGCAUUUGCUGUCCAGAAUAAAUUUAGAUAGACUUUUUACGAUCUAUUCAAUUUUACCUUGCCAAGUCAGUCCUAGAAGCGGUGUACCUAGCCUUUCUGUUCCGCUAGAUUAUUCUUAUUUCAUUAAUUUAUUUCUAUUCAUUUAUUGUUCGUAGCUAGCACGAUUCACACCAAAAAAUUCAAUGACGAAGGGCUUAGAAGUGAAUAA